GUGUCGAGCGCGCGCGGGCGGGCGGUGGCGGAUCGGAGGAUCGCAGUGCUCCACUGUGCUCUGAGGUAGUCGGCGGUGGUGGCGACGCGCACAAAAGCGGAUUGUGGCUUCACUGGUGCUCGCGGCGGGCGGCUGCGGGGCACCGGCUGCGGGGCGUGUCGGGGGCCCCCGCGGGCGCGGCGCGGGCGAUGAGCCGGGGCCCGGCAUGGCCUCCGCGCGGCCGCCGGGCAGGGCCUGCGCCUCGGCGUCCGCGCCCGCGGGGCUCCGGGCUGGGCCGGCCGCCUCCCGGGAGUCCGCGGACGGCGGUGAAGCGGAGGAGCGCUCGUUGCAACACAUGCUGCGCGCUAUAGCCGAGGAGCGCGGACGCCUUAACCUGCGCCGCGAGGUCUGCGGCCUGGGUUGCUUCAAGGAUGACCGCAUCGUCUUCUGGACAUGGAUGUUCUCGACCUAUUUCAUGGAGAAGCUGGCUCCCCGGCAGGAUGACAUGCUUUUCUACGUGCGCAGGAAGCGAGCCUACUCAGGCAGUGAGGGUGCUGCUGAUGGGAGGAAGGCUGAGGCUGAGCCUGAGGUGGAGGUAGAAGUGUACCGGAGAGACUCUAAGAAGCUUCCGGGCCUGGGAGAUCCUGACAUCGACUGGGAGGAGAGCGUCUGCCUGAACCUCAUCCUGCAGAAGCUGGACUACAUGGUGACCUGUGCUGUGUGCACGCGUGCCGACGGGGGUGACAUCCACAUCCAUAGGAAGAAAUCCCAGCAAGUGUUUGCCUCCCCCAGCAAACACCCCAUGGACAGCAAAGGAGAAGAGUCCAAGAUGAGCUACCCCAACAUCUUCUUCAUGAUUGACAGCUUUGAGGAGGUGUUCAGUGACAUGACAGUGGGGGAAGGAGAGAUGGUCUGCGUUGAACUGGUGGCCAGUGACAAAACCAACACGUUCCAAGGUGUCAUCUUUCAGGGCUCCAUCCGCUAUGAGGCGCUCAAGAAGGUGUAUGACAACCGUGUGAGUGUGGCUGCCCGCAUGGCCCAGAAGAUGUCGUUUGGCUUCUACAAGUACAACAACAUGGAGUUUGUGCGCAUGAAGGGGCCUCAGGGCAAGGGCCAUGCAGAGAUGGCGGUCAGCCGAGUGUCCACUGGUGACACAUCCCCCUGUGGGACUGAAGAUUCAAGCCCAGCUUCGCCCAUGCAUGAGCGGGUGACCUCCUUUAGCACCCCGCCCACCCCAGAGCGAAACAACCGGCCUGCCUUCUUCUCCCCGUCCCUCAAGAGGAAGGUGCCGCGGAACCGCAUCGCAGAGAUGAAGAAAUCACACUCAGCCAACGACAGUGAGGAGUUCUUCCGAGAGGACGAUGGUGGAGCCGACCUGCACAAUGCCACCAACCUGCGGUCUCGGUCCCUGUCCGGCACAGGACGGUCCCUGGUCGGGUCCUGGCUGAAGCUUAACAGAGCUGAUGGAAACUUCCUUCUCUAUGCACACUUGACCUACGUCACGUUGCCGCUGCACCGGAUCUUAACAGAUAUCCUGGAAGUACGUCAGAAACCCAUCUUGAUGACCUAGUGUGUGUGGAGCCUGCACAGAGCCCCGGCCCUGCCUGGCCCUGGGAAUGCUGCCAAGUGCCUACCUGUCACCGCCAACCGGGGUCUUCUGUGACAAGCCAGCACCGGAGCUACAGCCAGGCAGGGCCACUCGACUCCCGGGGCCAGGGCCGACUCCAUGAACACCAGCCCAAACUGAAGUGCCUCGUCCUCCUCCCUCGCUGGCUCUGCUCCCGCCCUGUGCCCGCGCUCCGCCCCCUCUGCCUAUCUGAGAGCCUUCUGCUCCCAAAGAGGGCCAGAAGACACCACGAGAUCACAGAGAGCGUGAGGGGCUGCCAGCUUCCAGAAUGUUCUUAGACCACCCGACCUCGGCUCCCGUACCCCUGCUGGGGCUCUGAGCCAGGCCACUGUCCACGCAUCCUACACAAAGCCAGUUGAAGAUUUUGUAAUGCAGUACUGACGAACUUCAGCUCCAGAGUUGGUCCCAACGUGUUCUCCCAUAGUUCUUGUCACAGUGGGUCCCAGCUGGGGGUCAGGGGACAUGAGCUGUUUGUCAGCUGGGAAUACCUCGCCCUAUGCCCAGCUCCAGAACGGGUCUCAACCUCCAGCUGGGCAGACAGGCCCCGAUCCCCCAGAAUGGCCUUUGCUUCCAUCCAAAGAACACCGCCAACACACACACCUCCGACCCCGAGACGUCCUGUGUCGAUCUCGGCUCUCCGGAGGGAUGCAGAAUUCAGUUCUGAAGAAAAGUGGGAGGGUACUUCUGCUGAGGGAUGUCUGACGGGGACCGGGGUGGAGUCCUCCCGGGAAGGUUGUAGGCAGAACCACCCUGGGGCCAGAGUUUAGAGCGAGGCUGGUGCUGUCCCCUUUGCCCCGUGCUGUGGUCAGCAUGCUGGUCUCGUCGUCUGGCUUCCUAGGCAGAGGAGACCAGGCUUCUCAUGAAUCUGCAUUGUCCUCGGUGGGUGCAAGUGGCCAUGAGUAUCAUCAGCCCAAGCCUCACCCUGGCAGUGCUCUAACUGAGGCCUCCUCUACUCAACUGGAAUACACUGGAAGCUGGGCCUCCUGUUGCUUUUGCAUUUAGUGCCCAGAUCCAGAGAACUCAGCUGUGUAUGCAGAGCUCAGCCCCUCUGGGCUAGAGAGCAGGUACAGGAGCGUGGCUCCUGUCUGCCUCCAUUCCUUGGUCUCUGGGAGUGGGCACUACUUUGGGGCUUUCUUCAGAUUUUGUAUGUUGUUAUUAAAAGCGAGCUAUUGCAUUUCAUUCUGCCUCAGUUUGCCCACCUGUAAAAUGGGGCUGAUACCACCUACCUCACUGAAGUCUCCAGGGUUCAAGUGUAUGGCUGGGUCAGGGUUUGCUCACCUGUCAUUCUGCAUAGCUCGGGUGGGUCUUAGGAGUGGCCGUUAGGUGGCAAGGAAGCUUGCUUCUCUCUCCUGCCUGCUCUGAAGUAACUCCUUCCAAAGGGAUGGAUGGGUAGUGUGUGAGCUUAGACACUGGUACUGUACUAGAACCUGGGUCCUGAUUCUAAUCCAACCAUCAAAGCAGUUUCACAUCCUGUCCCGGAAUGCCAGAGUACCUCAGGCUAUUUAUGGCUGUGGUCCUCCGGUCUAGGAUAGCCAUUUCUCCUGUAGGGUGUGUGAAUGCUGUCCCUACAGUUGUUUCUAGGGAGGUAACAGAACCUGCCACUUCAGGAACCUGGCCAUUCUGUGGUCUGAACACUCUGGCUUUCUAUCUUAGGGGAAAUAGGGCCAAGCUUGGCUUUUGUGGAAGACUGAGGCAGUCCAGGGCUCAUUGUAAUUCCGUGGCUUCUCUUCUGGGGGCUCCCUCUACCAGAGCUCUGCCACGAUCUCUUGGCUGGGCUGUGAGUACAAGCCCUUCCCAGGCUGUAGGAAGGGACAGAGUGUGCCACGCACUUGUUUCUGUGUGGCACGUGGAGCAGACUGAUGCCUGCUUAGGUACCACAUUUCCUCUGUAGAGCAGGAAAGCACCCCAGAGACACAGUACAGCGAGCAGCAGGAGGCAAGCUUGGUCCAAGCCCCAGCCUGUGGUCUGAACUACAUGUCUGUCCCCGAGUACACAGCCAGACAUUUAUUUGGUCACAAUUCCCCUUUAUCCAGAAGGCACCUUUGAGUUUCAAACAUGUUCAGAGGCCCUUGAGAACUGGGUUAGAAUUCUGACAUUGGAGGGCCAGACAUGAUGACACAUCCUAGCACUGGGACUGAGGCAGGAAGGAUAGUUUCUGGACAGCCUAAGCUACUUAGCAAGACCCUGUCUCAAAGUAACAAAUGAUAGAAGCACCCAGAAUCUUUCUGGGGUUGACAGUUUCACUUCUGGGACCAGGGACAUGUCUGUCCUUACACCACACAGGGUGACAAGCAGCAGCUAGAAUUCAAAUGCAGCUGUGUACUGAGGGAACUUAGGUGUCAGACUUUAAGACACUAAGAACCAAGUGGCUCAGUCUGUGUCCCUUGGAGGAGGCAGCACUCCUGAUGCUUCAGGGAACGUCCAUCUUGCCUCCUGGGAUCUUGCUGGCAUCCUGCCUGCCUACAGCGAGGCAGCCCAGGCUCAGUUCCCCUCAAAGGAUUAUUAUUGAAAACACAGGCAAAAAAUAAGCAAGGCAUGGUGACAGCCUGGUCUACAUCAUACAGGACAGCCAAGGCUACAUAGUGAGACUCUGGAUCAAAAAAAAAUUAUUUUUCAUUAUGACAUCCCAUCCCCUGUGUAUUUAAUUGGUCCAGCAGGCGUGUGUGUGUGUGUGUGUGGUCAUUAAGUGAUUUUAAAUUUCUGGCCAAAAUUGGAUGUAUUGAGGUCCUUUUCCUUUCCCACUUUAAAAUCUGAGUAUCUUAACAUCACACAGCUUCCCUGCUUACGUUCCUCACCUCUGUAUCAUUAAGUAGGACUGUCCCUAUGGGCACAGCCACCCUAAAAAGCAAAUAUAACACCCAAAAGGGACAAGAAUGCACAGGCACCAUGGGUUCACGAGCUUCUCAGAAGUCGCUGACCCUGGCGAGGCAGGUCCGGCCUCAUGUGACUAGGCCUGAACACUGGGGCUGAGGCUGGAGGCCGUAUGUUCAUCUUGAGCUUGAACCAAAGUAGCCUUUUGGGGCAUCUGCAUUGGCCCUUCCAGGGAGGUAGCCGGCGUGCUGCCCUGUCCCCCUAGGUGAGCAGUGGUAUACCUAAAAGGCCUUCACUGACUAGAUACUGACACGAACCUCCAAACCUUUCUCUGAGCCUCUGGGACAAAUAGCCACUGUUAGAACAUCACACCAGCUAAGUGAUUUGACAGCUUGUGGCUGGAGUGGAGAUCUGAGUUCUGCAACAGGCAGAGCGCCCCCACAAGUGGAAGCAGCCGUGGAGUUCUGUGUUUAUCUAUUUCCAAGGUUUCAGGUCAUGAGUUGUCAAUAGGAUUUUUUUGUCAGUUGUUUUUGAGACAGGUCUUCUAUAGAUCAGGCUGACUUCAAAUAGCAGAGGGUGAUCUUGAACUAAUGAACCUCCCUCCGCCUCCAUGUGCUGAUGUUACCCGGAUUCCACCACCAUGCUGGUUUUAUGCUGUGCUAGGGUAAAACCCUGGGCUUUGUGUCACUGGGCAAGCUCUCUUCUCAGCUGGGCUGCUCUUUCUUACCUUCUUUUGACUUCAUCCCCUUUGUAGAUCAGGAAACUUAGAUGCAAAUAGCAGUUUUCUUUCUUCCAAAAAUUAUUGUCUGUGGAUUUACACCUACAAAAAUGUUUUGGUUUUUGCUACUUCAAAACUUGUGAUUUCUUUAGAAACCAUUUCAAUGAAGACACGAGGUAGCCAACACAGAACGUGCCAGUGUGCGGAUUGUGAGCAGCUUUCCCAUGAACACCCACAUCCAACAGAGUCAGCCUCUCGAGGCAGGCUUUGUGGGGGCUGGUGGCUUUAUGAUUUCAUCUUUCUGUGAGACUUUGCUUUAUAUUUUGGAGACAUUUAAAAUGAGUUUUCUUUUUAAGUGCCCCCAUCUUUACCUGCUUUCUUUUAGUAAUACAUCUUUCACAUUAAUACAAACAAACAGUAAAGCAAGGGAAUGACCUUGACUUUGAUAACAUGAUGACAUGGUAUCUAUCCUCGGGGGCUGAUAGAAGCCAUCCCGAAUAUGGAUGGUCUGUGACGACCCUGUGAGGGGGAUCGUGACCACCUUAACCAGAAAUGUGGGCAUUUCCAAAGCUGAUCACAUGAUAUAUUUUGGGCUCAGUUCUGUGCUCCAAUGAAAAUAUACCCUGGUAGUGUUUGGAUUGCAAAUUCUCAAAGCUUUUCUAAGAGAACCCCCUAAAAGCCAUCGCAGUAGCAGGAAGAUGGCUGGACUAGAAGUUGGGACACUAAGUGGGAGUUUAGAAAACAUCCUGGGAGGCACCUGACCUUCCUUGUUGCGGAGUGCCUCUGCAAUGGGGGCCACUGAGCACAGGGGGAGGGGGUGUGUGAGCACGGGGCGGGGGUGAGCAUCUGGCUGGCUCUUUCUAGGGCCUGCAAUUAUCACGGGUCAGAAAUAUAGCCUUUUGUGCAAAUGGGUUUCUAAAACAUGCCAAAUGACUUAUGUAACAAAGAAUAGGUCCUAAUAUACUGUAUACACUAGAGUUAGACCUGCAGUGGAGACAGAGAAAGGGAGUCUGAGAGGACACAGUAAGGAUUUAGUCACCACCCUAGAAACAGCAGACCAGGAGGGUUUUUCUGAACUGGUGAGAUGGGAAGGAGGCAGUGGCUUGGCAGGUAAACCACGCCCCCUUGCUGUCAGCAUCACUGGGUAGCCCUCUAAGUGGCCUGAAGCCUCUGCCCUGGAAGCUGGCUGCAGUGCUGGCUUUGUCUCCCAGCUGCUUUGGGAAGGCAGUUCUGCUCGUCCUGACUCAUACAUACCUUUAAGGAACCACUGUCCUGGAAGAAAAUGUUCCUCAGAAAGGAAGACCUUCCAGAACGUAUGUGGAAGAGAGGAAUGUAAAAUAAUGCAGUCUCUGUAGCUCAUUGUAUAUACCCAUGUCAACUGGGGACGUCGGACUUUGUGCUUGUUAUACGGCAGAAAGCUUGCUUUGGGGAUGGGCAAUAAAGUUCCUGUUCUUAACAGUGUCACCCACUUGCCUCCUACAACCUCAUGUAAGCCAAUGGGCCAUCAAGACUUUCCUCUAUGUGGAUGGCUCUUUCAUUUUGGAAUCUGACUUUAAUAAAGCAAUUAGGUUGCUCAGUUUGAAAUAA